AUGUGGGUUCGAGGACCAGCGUCCUCGAACCCCAGAGAGCCCCGCACCAGCGUCCUCGUGCCCCAGAGAGCCCCGCACCAGCGUCCUCGUGCCCCAGAGAGCCCCGCACCAGCGUCCUCGUGCCCCAGAGAGCCCCGCACCAGCGUCCUCGUGCCCCAGAGAGCCCCGCACCAGCGUCCUCGUGCCCCCAGAGAGCCCCGCACCAGCGUCCUCGUGCCCCAGCGAGCCCCGCACCAGCGUCCUCGUGCCCCAGCGAGCCCCGCACAGCGUCCUCGUGCCCCAGAGAGCCCCGCACCAGCGUCCUCGUGCCCCAGAGAGCCCCGCACCAGCGUCCUCGUGCCCCAGAGAGCCCCGCACCAGCGUCCUCGUGCCCCAGAGAGCCCCGCACCAGCGUCCUCGUGCCCCAGAGAGCCCCGCACCAGCGUCCUCGUGCCCCAGCGAGCCCCGCACCAGCGUCCUCGUGCCCCAGCGAGCCCCGCACCAGCGUCCUCGUGCCCCAGCGAGCCCCGCCCAGCGUCCUCGUGCCCCAGAGAGCCCCGCACAGCGUCCUCGUGCCCCAGAGAGCCCCGCACCAGCGUCCUCGUGCCCCAGAGAGCCCCGCACCAGCGUCCUCGUGCCCCAGAGAGCCCCGCACCAGCGUCCUCGUGCCCCAGAGAGCCCCGCACCAGCGUCCUCGUGCCCCAGAGAGCCCCGCACCAGCGUCCUCGUGCCCCAGAGAGCCCCGCACCAGCGUCCUCGUGCCCCAGAGAGCCCCGCACCAGCGUCCUCGUGCCCCAGAGAGCCCCGCACCAGCGUCCUCGUGCCCCAGAGAGCCCCGCACCAGCGUCCUCGUGCCCCAGAGAGCCCCGCACCAGCGUCCUCGUGCCCCAGAGAGCCCCGCACCAGCGUCCUCGUGCCCCAGAGAGCCCCGCACCAGCGUCCUCGUGCCCCAGAGCGCCCCGCACCAGCGUCCUCGUGCCCCAGAGCGCCCCGCACCAGCGUCCUCGUGUCCCAGAGAGCCCCGCACCAGCGUCCUCGUGCCCCAGAGAGCCCCGCACCAGCGUCCUCGUGCCCCAGAGAGCCCCGCACCAGCGUCCUCGUGCCCCAGAGAGCCCCGCACCAGCGUCCUCGUGCCCCAGAGAGCCCCGCACCAGCGUCCUCGUGCCCCAGAGAGCCCCGCACCAGCGUCCUCGUGCCCCAGAGAGCCCCGCACCAGCGUCCUCGUGCCCCAGAGAGCCCCGCACCAGCGUCCUCGUGCCCCAGAGAGCCCCGCACCAGCGUCCUCGUGCCCCAGAGAGCCCCACCAGCGUCCUCGUGCCCCAGAGAGCCCCGCACCAGCGUCCUCGUGCCCCAGAGAGCCCCGCACCAGCGUCCUCGUGCCCCAGAGAGCCCCGCACCAGCGUCCUCGUGCCCCAGAGAGCCCCGCACCAGCGUCCUCGUGCCCCAGCGAGCCCCGCACCAGCGUCCUCGUGCCCCAGCGAGCCCCGCACCAGCGUCCUCGUGCCCCAGCGAGCCCCGCACAGCGUCCUCGUGCCCCAGAGAGCCCCGCACAGCGUCCUCGUGCCCCAGAGAGCCCCGCACAGCGUCCUCGUGCCCCAGCGAGCCCCGCACAGCGUCCUCGUGCCCCAGAGAGCCCCGCACCAGCGUCCUCGUGCGCCUUGGUUGCCAUUAUUUGAUCCGGCUCCUGUCCUCCAGGAGAGAAGUGGGUGA